AUGCCAGGCUCUCCCGUUCAAAAACUUAUUUCCCAGUGGGAGAACCGCCGCGACGGCAAGGAGCAAGAUGAUGAAAAAAGUGCAAAUUUCAAGUUCGAAUCAGAUCGCCGUCACUUCGGUAGGCGGAUGAGUGAGAGCUCAUGGAUAGGCUCUCAAUCCAGCGAUACUGAUUUUGAAGAGUAUGAAGCCUGGCCGCCAGUAUUUUGCCAGCCUAGCACGCAUCUCGACACCAAGGUCAAGACUAGACUCUGGCGUGAAACAGUCGAAGAAAUGACGCUUGAAGAGGCUUGUGAACGAGUGGCCUCGCUCUCGCUGGUACGGGAGUCGCUUACCACAAAUGACCCAGAACUCGUGGACAAGCCACUCAAACGAGAGUCGGAGACCCAGCAAGUGUCAGAGGAGCCAGAAGUGGUGUAUCCUGAGUGGCUGCAAUAUGGCUGUGCAGUGGUGUGGGAGUAUCUUACUUUAACCCCCCAGUGA